GAUUAUGAAAUCAACACAACACUAUCCAAAACUAGUGUCAUAGAUAAUGUUUUACCUUAUUUUUAGGCUAGUUUAGCUAUGACAACUACUCUGCUACAACUCUCAAUCUUAGUCCCACCCUUAAACACUCUCCAUCAUUAUGCAUGCAAUAAACCCAUCAAUACCCACUUCACUACACGUCCAAAGAUUGCUUCUUUUCAUCAACGGGGCUUCAAAUUGAAGGCUUUUAGGGAGAAAUGGAGUUUUUUUGAAGUGGGUGCAGUUAAAGGUCGAAUUUUUAUAGUAAAUGAGGAGUCGAAGAGGAAAAAGAGACUGGUUUUAGUGAGAUUUAAUCAGGGUUUCGGCGGCGGCGGCGGCGGCGGAGGGAGAGAUAAUAGUGAGACUAUUAGGGUAGUGGGUAAUGUUGCUUUGGCUAUUGGGUUGACUUAUUUUUCUAUUACUGGACAGCUUGGUUGGCUUUUUGAUGCUAUUGGAUCUGUUUUGGACUUUCUUAUUUCUCUUUGGCUUCUGGCAAUAAUUGUACCUAUUGUUGGUCUCGGUGCUUUCCUCUGGUGGGCAGGACGGGAUAUUUUACAAGGCACUUGUCCAAAUUGUGGAAACGAAUUUCAGGUUUUCAAGUCAACUCUGAAUAAUGAUUUGCAGCAGUGCCCCUAUUGCAGUCAACCAUUCUCAGUUGCGGGAGAUGAGUUUAUGAGCGAUUCUGGGCAGUUCUCAAAAGGUUCCAUGCCUUUCAGUGAAGCCUUCCGCGACUUCUCUUCUGGCUCCAAGAAAGGAAAGGGGUCUUCUUCUUCAGCAAUUGUUGAUGUUGAAGCUGAAGUAAAGGAUGUGGACUGACAUAAUGAAUAACAAAUGCAAAACAGGAUCCCAGAGACGCCAUAUCCCGGUUUUGCCGGCUGAGUACUACUUUUUUAUCCUUGGCGCUCUGCCCUUCUCCAUAGUUGGUGACAUUUUGUAAUGUUUUCAGAUAUGGUUACAUCCUACUUGUUUGAGAUGAUGAAGGCCGGCAGGUUACACUGUCAACUGGAACUACCUUUAUCAGACCAUGAUCAUCGGGUUAUAUGCUGAACCGAGCUGUAUACUGGAUUUUGGAAAUGUAGUCUCUAUUACUAUGUAUAUUGUAUAUCAGCAUCUGUUGUUAAUUGUAUGGUCCUCAGCUCUGUUUUUCUUCUCAGCUUUGCCAAUGGAAAUUGUAUAUCAUUCACUUGUACAAAACAAAUAAUCACAAAGCUUCAGCUAAAAUAUAUUUUAUAUGAUUUUAAA